AUGUCUCGCCACUCCUUCGGUCGCACUUCGCGCGUCUCCAACCCCAAUGUCUUCUCCGACGAGUACUCAUUAGAACCGAUUGAUGCCGACCAGAUCGACCGGGCCCCGAGUCCUGCCUCCAUUGCCUCUUCCUCCACCCUUCGCUCGACCCAUCACCCCCCAAAGACCGUCAGCCAGGCCACCACGGAAAAUGACAACCCAUUCAACGAUGACGCCAGGGUCUCCUUUGAGCAAACCCGUCGGUCAAGCCUACCCCAGAAAGGGGUAGCGGGAUUCUCCAACAAUCGUGGCUCAAUCGCUUCCAUCAAUAAUACUGCCGCUUUUGCCGUGAAUCGGAACCAGAGCGUCUCUUCCCGUUUCUCGAUACCCCGCGCCAUGAGUCCCUACACGGGAGCGACCGGUCCCAGCCAUCCGUACGCUAUGUAUCCCCAGGUUGGGGUCAGUCGUUCCCCAAGUGUUGCAAGUACCUCCACAGUCCGUCAACAUGAUCGUCCCCUAGGUGAAUCAAGUGGCCCCCAACAUCCUUACGCGAUGUACCCUCAAAAUGUGGUCGAGGAAGGAAUGGACGAAGAUGUUAUCCCCCUCGGCUUUCCUGGUCAUAACCCUCCCUACCAACCACCACCUGGUCGUCGAGACAAUGAUGUAGGCGACAUCAUCGGCGCUGACGGACAUGCGGAACCACUCCCACCUUAUUCACGAUACCCAACGGGUGUGGUUCCUAAACCUCCCGGCGCCGAGACUAUGGCUGAUUUAAACGGUCCCGCGGAUAUCCAGCAACUCCAUUCAAUCUCACGAGACCAACAGCCGAUCUCAGAAACCUCUACAAGGGCGCUUGUCUCCGACAAUUCUGGCGAUGGUGACAAUGGUGAUCGAAACCGAGCAGUGCCCUUGACAGGCAUCAUGGCCUUUGAGGAAAAGCUCAAGCGCAAGGGGAAACAAACCGCUUGCUGUGGACUACCUGUGUGGACUCUUGUCCUCAUUGCUACCAUCAUGGUGAUUGGAGGAUGUAUAGGUGGCGCCAUUGGCGGCGUCAUUGGUGGUAGAAAAGCCGCAGAACAUGAUCGACAAGCCGCCCAGCAGUCACAUGGUCCAUCUAUCGUGACAGUCACCGCACAACCUCAGAUGGAUUAUUCCACGAUGACGAGCACUCCGACCAAUAUCAUGAGUGUUCCAACCGGCCAUUAUCUGAUUCCCUCCGUUCUGCGAAACUCUUCCAGAAUGUGUGUUGAGGACGACCAAUUUAAGCGCUCUUGGGGAUGCAUGGAUGACCCAACAAACUUCGAUGUGGUCGUUGAGGAAAGUCAUGGACAACAUUCUAUUGUUUUCAGUAACACCGGUCCUACAGCAACCUUCACCUACGGUGCUCAACCUCCCAUUCUCCCCACCCCCACCCAAGCCUUGAGCUACGCGAUUGACACCAGUGAGGCCAGCAUGGGCCCUGCCCUAUUCUUCUUCACCAGGUUUGACAAGCUGGUCAUUGUGCCAGAAUCAGCAUUUGAUUCGAGCUCGAGCUCCUCGAAACGAUCAUAUGUUGGAGACUCAUCAUUUUUGGAACGGCUCCACCGUAUGGAGACGGCACAGCCUGGUGAUAAACCGUGGUUUUGUUACUGGAACCAAACCGUGAUGGAAUUCUUCAUCUAUGUCAACCAGUCGGCGUCAGACUCAUCCUCUGGCACCACUGCAUCCACCGCUAGCGACAUGACUGCCAGCACCGCCACCGCUCAGUCCUCCAAGCGUGAAGAUUCCGUUCUAGAUUACCCCCGCAAGAUCAAGAUUGAAGAACGACGCGAUUACUCUGGAACUCAAGCACCCUAUUGUCAACAGAUGCAAGUGGGCUCUGAUGGUCAUAUUGUCGGAGCCAUCCAAAAUGAACUCAUCAACAUUAAGGAAAUGGAACCCACUCCGACUACCACUUAUAUCAAUUCAAAUGGUGGCAGUCAGCAGACAUAUACCGCGAAGGCGCAAUAUGCGACACCCUGUUACUGUCUGUCUACGACUGAUUAA